AUGGACACUGGAAAUUGGAGCAAGGUCACAGAGUUUAUCAUCUUGGGCUUUCCUCAACUUCAGGGUGUCCAGACUUAUCUGUUUUUCCUAUUGCUUCUCAUCUACCUUGUCACCAUCUUGGGAAAUUUAAUGAUCUUUCUGUUGGUCAGAUUGGAUGCUAAACUUCAUACACCAAUGUAUCAAUUUGUUAGUGUCCUCUCCCUCCUUGAGCUUGGAUACACAGCUGCCACUAUCCCUAAGAUGCUUGCUAAUCUUCUCAGCAACAAGAAGACUAUCUCCUUUUCUGGAUGUCUCCUUCAAAUCUACUUUUUCCACUCUCUUGGAGCUUCUGAAUGCUAUCUCCUCACAGCCAUGGCUUAUGACAGAUAUCUAGCCAUCUGCCGUCCCCUCCAUUAUCCUACCCUAAUGACCUCAGCACUCUGUACCAAGAUGGCUGCAGGUUGCUGGUUGGGUGGCUUGGCAGGGCCAAUAGUUGAGAUCUCCUUGGUUUCUCAGCUCCCCUUUUGUGGCCCCAAUCACAUUCAGCAUAUCUUUUGUGACUUUCCACCAGUAUUAAGUUUGGCUUGCACAGACACUUCCAUCAAUGUACUAGUGGACUUUAUUAUCAACUCCUGCAAAAUCUUAGUAACUUUCCUAUUGAUCCUCACUUCCUAUGUCCAGAUUAUUCGAACCGUCUUCAAAAUACCUUCAGCUGAGGGCAAAAAGAAGGCAUUUUCCACUUGUGCCUCCCACCUUACUGUGGUCAUCAUCUUUUUUGGGAGUAUCCUUUUCAUGUAUGUGAGACUGAAGAAAAGCUAUUCACUUGAUUAUGAUAGAGCACUGGCUGUUGUCUACUCUAUCAUCACACCCUUUCUUAAUCCUUUCAUUUAUAGUCUACGCAAUAAAGAAAUCAAGAAUGCUUUGAAAAGACAGUUGCAGAGGAUAGGGAUAUUAUGUAUGGAACUAUAA